AUGAACGUUUCAGCACAGUUUAGUGACUAUUGGACCAACGUACACCUGUAUCAGAAUUACAGGAACCAGUUUUUUAGUGAGUGUGAGGGUGCUGAAAAAACACCUGAACAUUACGCACACAACGGAUACCACCCCGGAGCGGCAUACCAAAACGUGAAAGAAGAACCGACGUACGAAAGCUGCAGGUUUUCGAUAAAUCAAACAUAUUCAAAUAAUUUUGACAAUUCUAUUACGCCGAGUGUGAAUCACGACUUCACGCAACAUUUGAAUCAGUUUGACAGCUGUCAGCAGGGUCUUUACGACCAAAGCAAAGGUGUAUCGACUAAUGAGACCAGUCUGCUUCUCAAUGAGAAUAAAUUGGAGAAGAAGGAUGAUGAUUCGCCCGCACUACGGGCCCUGUUAACCAGACCGCAGGCGAAGAACAACAAUUACCAAAGCAUGGACUUCCAGAACUUUAACGAAGACACACCGUGCGAAGAAGAGCGCUACGGAUCUCCUCCGACUGAAAACAAAAGUGUUGCUGAAAAUGCCAGUUUUUACCCUUGGAUGAAAUCGAACGGUGAUUCAGCGAACGCCGGAGGCAAGAGAACGCGUCAGACUUAUACACGCUACCAGACUUUGGAAUUAGAGAAAGAAUUUCAUUUUAACAAGUAUUUGACGAGGCGCCGCAGAGUUGAGAUUGCGCACAGUUUGAGUUUGACCGAGCGCCAAAUCAAAAUUUGGUUUCAGAAUAGGAGAAUGAAAGCGAAAAAGGAUACGAAGUUUUCGCAAGAUUUUCUAGAGCAGUGUACUAUUUCCUCGACGCAAAACUUCGUCCCUCUCUAUACGGGCAACACCGGAAUUAAAGAGACUUCAAUGAAUGAUGUGGAGAGGAACGUCUACGACAAAGAGAUCGCGAAGCCUUUGACCCAGAUUAAAAACAUACCUGGACCACCAUCCUCGCCUUGA